CGCUUGUGCAUAGUUGUUUGUGUUACUUAGUCUUAGUGCUUCCAAGACGGGGGGGGGGUGGGAGGAAAUAAAAGACUACAUCUCCCAUAAUGCAACGGAAGAGUGAGAGAGAAAGAAGGCCUACCUGCAGUUUUUCCUCAUAUAAAGCUCAGUAGUGCAAGUGGCCGAGAAUAAAUGGAGAGCUGCCCUGAUGCCACAAAAACUGCACCAUGGAGAAGAAAAAAGAAGUUCCAUGGUCAUCACUCCAGAGAGAAGAAGCACUGCACAGGCCAGAUACCAUCAUGCCUGAAAACACCGACAACAUGCCAGAAAAUAACACCACUGGUGGCAACAAACUAUCCAGAAAUCAAAUCCUCACACUCAUUUCAACGGCUUCACUUAACUUCAGUUCUAUGAUAUGUUAUUCCAUUUUGGGACCCUUCUUUCCUCAAGAGGCAGCUAAGAAAGGAGUUAGUAACACAGUGACUGGUCUUAUAUUUGGCUGCUUUGCUAUGUUUAAUUUUUUAAGUUCAUUAAUACUUGGAAGAUAUAUUGUCCAGGUUGGAGCAAAAUUUAUGUUUGUGGUUGGUUUAUCCAUAUCAGGAGUUUCCACAAUUCUUUUUGGGUUCCUCGAUAAGGCUCCAGAAGGAACACUAUUUAUAGUUAUGUGCUUUUUAGUGAGAUCUGUGGAUGCUGUGGGCUUUGGAGCUUCAGUGACAGCAUCUUUUUCUAUUCUGGCGAAGGCAUUUCCUAACAAUAUAGCCACUGCCAUGGGUUGUCUUGAAAUUUUCACAGGACUGGGCCUUGUGUUGGGUCCUCCUAUCGGGGGAAUUCUUUAUGACACAUUUGGAUAUGAAGUUCCAUUUAUUACAGUUGGCUGUGUUGUGCUGUUAAUGGUUCCUCUAAAUAUUUUCAUCUUACCAAAAUAUGAUUCUUUACCUGGAAAAGAUUCUUUUUGGACUUUAUUCAAGCUGCCAAAAAUUAUGUUAAUGUGUUUUAAUAUAUUUUCAUUCAGUUCAUGUUUAGGAUUUUUGGACCCAACUAUGUCACUUUUUGUUACAGAAACGUUUAAUUUGAAAGUCAGCUAUGUCGGAUUAGUUUUCCUUGGACUUGCUUUAUCCUAUUCACUAAGUUCACCACUUCUUGGAGUGAUAAGUGACAAAUUACCUCAAAUAAGGAAAUGGCUUGUUAUUGUUGGCAACCUUGGCACUGCAAUGUGUUUUGUUAUGUUAGGACCUGCACCUAUAUUCCACAUUGAAAGUAAACUCUGGCUGUUUAUCUUUGUACUGGUUUUGGAUGGAUUUUGUUUAGGUCUUUCUGCUAUACCAGUUUAUCCAGAAAUGCUCAGUGAAGCAUAUGAGAACGGCUUUGAAGAAGGUCUUAGUACUUUGGGCUUGAUAUCUGGACUGUUCAGUGCACUGUGGUCUGCAGGAGCAUUUGUAGGCCCAACAGUUGGGGGGUUUCUGAAUGAAAAGUUUCAUUUUAAGUGGGCAGCUGCCAGUCAAGGACUUUUACCUCUACUGGCUUUUGUACUGAGUUUACUAUAUUAUGCCUGGGAAGCGCAUAAAAAGAAAAAAAGGUCUAGUUCUAUGGAAACUAACACUACAGUUGAAGAAAGGGUGCCUCUGCUACAAGAGGAAUGAUAAAGCCCAGUGAAAAUUCAGUUUGUGAUUUUUCUGUUCACUUACGUCCUGUGGAAUUCCUGUUCUUGUGAUAGAAUCAACAUUUCACUUCUAUUUGGCUCAGUAAAGUGACUGAAUAAUAAUAGUAGUGCAUUUGCCUGGCAGAGGGUACAUAACAGUGCAUGCAAGCUGAUCGCUUCACUUAUUGACACUGUCUUUACCGGGUACUUCCUACUAAUGCUAGUUUCUGCAAAAAAUUUUCUUAAAAUAAAAUAAUGUUGUCCAAGAAUUAGAAAAAUCCUGGCAUUAGCAAUAGAGAUGAGCGAACUUACAGUAAAUUUGAUUUGUCACGAACUUCU